AUGGCACCCAAGAGCAUCCGCGGCUCUCUGGGGUCCAUGUUCCAAUUUUUCUUCACGCUUGGCGUCAUGACAUCGUACUGGAUAGACUAUGGUGUUACGCAACACAUGGCAGCUACAACAUCUCAGUGGCAGGUGCCCAUUGGACUCCAGCUCGUUCCAGGGGGGUUGCUAGGAAUUGGCAUGCUACUGACCAAGGAAAGUACCCGUUGGCUUGCCAAGAAGGGGAAAACUGACGAGGCACUGAAAUCUCUCAUCUGGGUCCGUGGGGGAGAGAACAACGACGCAGUCCAGGAGGAGUUCGCCGAGAUACUUGCGGGCAUCCACGAGGAGGUUGGAACAACUGAAGGCUUCACGUGGAAAGAGGCCUUGCUACCAGCGAAUCGAUUUCGAUUUGUCAUAGUGAUCACACUCCAGAUUGGAGUUCAAUUGACCGGCAACACAUCACUAGCUUAUUACGCACCUCAAAUUUUCAACGCCAUUGGGGCGGGCGACCAAAGCCUUUUCAUUACUGGUUUCUUUGGCGUUGUCAAAGUUGUUUCAUGUCUGUUCUUCUUGCUCUUCCUAGUAGAGCGAAUUGGCCGCCGCGGCUCACUCCUAGGCGGGUCCUUUUUGAUGGGUACUUACAUGCUUAUCAUCGCUUGCCUAACGGCCACCCACCCACCCGUGUCUGGGAAAGGGUUUACCAGCACUGGGGCUGCUGCCGUCACCAUGGUCUACCUCGAAGCCAUGACUUACAAUAUAUCGUGGGGCCCUGUAUCCUGGCUCUACAUGGGCGAAAUUUUCCCAACCAGAUUACGUGAAGCAGGGAUCGCAGUUGGAACUGCGACACAAUGGUUAUUCAACUUUGUCUUCUCGCAAGUUACUCCCUAUGCUAUCAACAACAUCGGCUGGCGUACUUUUCUGAUGUUUUGCAUCUUCAAUUGGUCUUUGGUGGUCUACACCUGGCUUUUUAUCAAGGAGACUAAGGGGAAGUCAUUGGAAGAAAUGGAAGCAUUAUUCGGAUCCACUCAAACUGCGAUCAAUAUUCACGCCGUCCGCGGUAAAGGUUACGCCGAAGGAGACAAUGCACAUCAUACAAGCACCAGGCGAUCCAGUCAGCUGGAGCGCGUAUGA